UUUGAAGAGGGCUCUGCCGAAAAUUGCUUUCAUACGUCAGUCCAUUAUUCGGGGUGUCAACGUCCUCCACCCACUCCCGAAACCCAAAACCACGGUUCUCAAUCAUCUUCCUUUGUUGUGGAUCCAUUUAUUUGCUGGACUAAUACAACACCGUAAUAGCAAGCUAGAGUAAUAAGCCACCCUCAAUUUUGUAUCAUUUAUCUAUUCAGUCAAGUGUCGAUCAAGAUGACGACGAGUGGCUGUUAUAGACCAUCGCUUGCUCGCCUUGCGGGGCCAUUGCUGUUACUGGUCUUGAUCCAUGCAUCGUCUGCCUUUUCGCCACCCCAACGAUCCGCUCACCAUGCGGUUGGAUUGCACAUGGCAACCCGAGAGACGGCUCCACCUUCGUGGUACGAUACUGGUAGUACUCCACCAGACCCAACUCCUACUGCACCACAACAGAAUCAGUACGGACAACGAGAUGAUCCCGAAUGGAAAUUUUUUGACACGGCCCGCAUGCACGUGUCGGGUGGCGAUGGCGGCACGGGCUGUGUGGCAUUUCGUCGCGAAAAAGGAGAACCACGAGGAGGACCUUCGGGUGGAUCCGGUGGUCGGGGUGGAUCCAUCUACUUGGUCUGUGACGAAGGCUUGAAUACGCUGGCACCCAUUCGCAAUCGAGUCCAUGUUCGUGCGGCCAAAGGGAAAAACGGACUUGGAAAAAGCAAAGAUGGAAAAAAGGGAAAGCAUGUCUUGGUACGAGUGCCACCAGGAACGGUCGUCAGAGACUUGAAAACGAAUCGAUUGGCAGGAGAACUGAGAGAUCAUGGACAGAAAUUCCUCGUUGCCAAGGGAGGGAGAGGUGGACGAGGAAACCAGGCUUUCAUGACCAAUCGAAUGACAAGUCCCAAAUUGGCAGAACGAGGAGAACCGGGAGUCAAACGAUGGCUUGCAGUAGAACUACGUCUUGUCGCUGAUGUGGGAUUUCUAGGAAAACCUAAUGCCGGAAAAUCCACACUCCUGGCAGCUGCAUCGGCAGCAAAGCCAAAAAUUGCCAAUUAUCCCUUCACCACCGUGGUGCCCAAUUUGGGUGUCUGCGAUUUGGGAGAAGAAGGAGCCGGAUUGGUAUUGUGCGAUAUCCCGGGGCUCAUUGAAGGAGCGGCUGGGGGCGCUGGAUUGGGACCCGCAUUUCUCAGGCAUGUUCAGAGAUGCAAAGUGCUAUUGCAUGUCGUAGAUGCAACAUCGGAAACACCCAUUGAAGAUUUUCAUACAAUCAACAAAGAAUUGCAACUAUACGACACUUUCUUGGCGCAAAAGAAACAGGUCGUGGUACUCAACAAAAACGAUUGUAUUGACGAGGAGCGUCAAGAAGAAUUGAUGGAAGCUCUCAAACAGGCGGCAGGACACACAAGAAUAUUAUCCAUUUCUGCAGUCACCACAAAAGGAGUCAAGGAACUCAUGGGAAGACUCAAAAAGUUUGUAUCGGCACAACCAGAAGCAGACUUGCCGCCUCCUCCUGAAAUCGAUCUGUCCAAGGCUGGAUUGGAUUAUGAUUGUGAUGACUUUGAAAUCAUAAGCGACCCGUCUUACCCUGGUCAAUGGCGUGUCUCGGGAUCCUACAUUGAGCAUAUUGCGCAAAUGACGCAUUGGGAUUAUCCACAGGCGGUGGAACGAUUUGGACGACAGUUGGAGGCAUUGGGCAUUUCGGCAGAGCUUCAAACCCGAGGUGCCGAAGAUGGCGAUCUUGUCAUGAUUGACAAGUUUGAUUUUGAAUUUUCGCCAGGACUCACCAAUGUAUACCUCCCUCCCGAGUUGCUGGAAGCAGAAGCUGCAAGAGAUGGCAAUGACAAAGACGACGAAGAGGAAGAGCGACCAUGGCGUCCCUUCUCCAAGGGUGGAUUCUUGGAUGAGGAUGUGGAUGAAUUUGUGGGCUUUGGAGAAUUGGAAGAUUGGGAAAUGCUGGAGGAUGAGGACUUUGACGAAGAGGACUUUGUCUAUUCGGAUGAGGAAAUCUGGACAGCGUAGCAGUCUGAGCAUUAGUACACUGGUCCCAACAGAUUGACCCUUCGGAUGUCCUCGGGAUGUGUAACGAAGCAUCAGGAAAUCGAAUGCGAUUACAUUAACUACUACUCUGAUUCCAUUCAGUGUAGGCAAAGCAGGAAGCCAGCAUUUAUUGAGUGCCACACUUGGGACCAUUCAAUCAACCACCCUAGCGGUACCGGUAUGCUUGAGGAGACGUGGGAAAGCUGCAUAGUCAGUUGCCCCAGCAACCCAUAAAAGUGUCCACCCGUGAUAAUAAUAUGGUUGCACCAUCGUCCGAUAGCUACAUAGAGAUUUCCCAUUGCAACAGUAUGGCG